AUUUUGUAAUGGUUUUUAGUUGCUUGCAUUCACUGUCAGAUGGAUUUUUAUUAUAGUUGAAGUAACCAUAUAAUAAAUGAUAGCGUACCUUUUUGUUAAAUUUUGGGUUGAUAUUCCUAGUUUGUAUUGCUUGUACACAUAAACUGUUUAUAUUCUAUGAAAGAAAAGUGUUGAUGAUUUAAUUUCUACUCACUCGUGUAAAUUGUGACGUUAAUCAGCAAUGGCAGGGAUUAAAGACUCGUUACAUUGGCAUUUGCCGGCUCCAUUGGAAUGACAUUUGUCAUUCUGGCUUGUGCGUUACCAUCAUACCAAGUAUGGUGGCCUAUUUUUAUGGUAUUAUUCUACAUAUUAGCACCGAUUCCAACGUUAAUUGCUCGUCGAUAUACGGAAGAUUCUGUUAAUAGCAGUAAUUCAUGUUUAGAGCUUGCAAUUUUCAUUACUAUGGGCAUCGUUGUAUCUUCUUUUGCAUUACCAAUUGUCUUAGCACGUUCACCAGCUGGUAAAGGAACGAUUGAAUGGGGAGCGUGCUACCUAACAUUGGCAGGCAAUUUUGUCGUUUAUUUAACAUUAGUUGGUUUCUUUGUGACGUUCGAUCAAGAUGAUCCUGAUUACAAUAUGUGGUGAGAAGUUUAGAAUAAUGUACUUAUAUUUUGUGGACAAAAUAGUAUACUCGUGAAUGAAAGCUGAACGAAACAAUGAGAACAAAAAAUUCAGUGAGCAAUGAAUGUAAUCAGUGCCACUGUUUUUUUACGAAAUUCAUUUUUUUACAAGUAAAUGAAUGUAACAAUAAAAUUAGCGACUCAACUGACUGAUGGCUACGCUUCGAUUUUUAACUAAAAACUUACUGUAUCUUAUUAUUAUUAUAAUUAUUAUUAUCAUUAUAUAUACAUAUAUAAAUAUAAAUAAUUAUAACAUCAA